GCGGAGAGAGCAGUACCACGGAAAGGGGAGGAGGAAGAGUUCGGGUGCGCGCGCGAGGCGUGCGACCGGAUAGUCUAGUCCCCAGCUGGUUGAGGUGGUCGACAGGCAGCGAAGAUGUCGGCAAGCGUCGCAGCCGUGGCCCGGGCCGCGACAGCCAUAUCCGGAAUCGCUGCAGCUGACAGGAGCUCAGUCGGCUUCGCCGAGAGCAAUGCGCUCCAUGGCCAGCGACUUUCCACUUCCCUCCCCUCUCUCUCCCCAUGCGGAAAGCCCCGCCGCUCCGUCAUUGUGGCUAUGGCUCCCAAGAAGAAGGUGAACAGCUACGAUGAUUCAUGGAACAAGCAAUGGUUUGGUGCGGGCAUCUUUCUGGAGGAUAUCGAGGAGAACAACGUGAACAUUUUCUCCAAGUUGGAGAAGCUGAAGGUGCUCAGCACUGUCGAGAAGGCAGGGCUUUUGUCGAAGGCGGAGAGCGCAGGCUUUUCUCUGUCGAAGAUUGAGCAAAUGGGUUUGUUGUCCAAGGCGGAGGAAUUGGGUCUCCUUUCUCUUGCCGAAAGCUUGGCCACAACCUCACCUGCAACGAUAGCGUCGUACGCUCUUCCUCUUUUCGUUGCGUCCAUUUUGAGCUUGGUUCUUAUCCCAGAUGAUACAACACUUCAGGUUGUAGUGCAGUACGUUCUGGCAGGAGCAUUUGGCCUUGGUUGCGUUGCCGCUCUGGGGGGUUCUUUCGUCCUUGGGAGCAUUCAAGAUGCAGAGGACUGAUCUUAUCACUGAUUUGAUCUUCAAAUUUAUGUGCAUCUCAUCUCAAUUUAUGUGCCUCUCAUCUCACCAAGGAUUGGGCAUUCAUGUGAU